CCCGCGUCGACCGGAGAAUCGCCGAGGGGCAGACUCUCCACUUCCAACUCUGCUUGCCGGCCUUCAGUCAGUCUCCUAAACCCGUCACUUCUCUUUCCCCCCCCCGGAUUCUUCUCCUUGAUAUACCCGCUCUCCCUACCACAAGUGUGCUGCAGUCGCAUCACGCUCUUGGUACCCCGCUUGCACCCCGGAAACUCGCAAAUGAAAGCCCCCAUGUGCCUCGCGGCAGUUCUAGCCCAUCGCAGGUCCCGACAUGGCGACUGUUACUAGCGUGGCCUGCCCCUCCACGCAAGGGCCUGUCGGGUCUGGAAUGCUCGACAAGAGUGCCAUCGACAAGGGAGAAUCUGACACUUCACCGACGGGCCCCGGACGCAAAAGAAAGCCCUCCUCCGGGGGCCCACUGCAGCAGCCCUCCGCGGCCAGUAAGAAUGGCACCGUUCGCCAGAAAAUCACUCGAGCUUGUGACUCGUGUAAAGUCAAAAAGACCAGGUGCACAGGUACCCUGCCGUGUACUCGGUGCACGCGGCUAUCGCUCUCGUGUAAUUAUAAUGCGGCCUACUCGAGAGGACUCCCCCCUGAACCACUCCCUGCAUCGCCUGACCCAGGCGAAUCUGCUUCCACGGUUGCCGGGUCUGGUACUUCAGAGGUCGGUCGUACCUUCAGGGGCUCGCGUUCACAUGCUACUACGACCACUGUGACAGCCAGAGGUCCCGUCAGCAGCAAUCAUGGCUACCCAAGCCAACCGCACGGAGUGUCAUUACGCAACUCUCCCGAGCCAGGGUCUACUGAUUUUGAGGGCAAUUAUAUCGGUCCUGCCUCAGGAGUCUCUUUUAUCAAUCGGGUUUGGAGCCGCUUGCACCAGGAUGAGCGGGCACGAAUCCCUGACGCGCUGCAAAAUGAGUCUUCGACAAACACAGCCGUGUUCAUGUUUGGCGAUAAGCCGUACUCGCACCCUCAGGAUGUAGAUUUUAUGUUGCCAUCGUUCGAGGCUGCAAUGGAACUUGUCGCGGUAUACUUCGACUUCUCAAUGGUCACCUAUCGCUUUCUACACCGAGGAAGCGUGGAGAAAUGGGUGAAACAAGUAUACGAGAACCAUAUCUCGAUAUCGAAUUUGCCCGUGGGCAUCAUGGUCGCCCGAGCGGCUAUCGUUCUGAUGAUUUUUGCAGUGAGCACCCUUCAUCAUAAAGAGCCACCGCCAAUGAAUGGGAUCAGUCAGAGUGAGCGCUGGUACGCAGCGUCAAAGUAUAUGUUAUCUCUCGAAUCGGGACCUCCACGCUUGGAAACCAUUCAAGUUCGGCUCAUCCAAUGCCUGUACCUGUUAUCAUCAUCUCGCGCCAACGAGUGCUGGUAUUCCUUUGGGACGGCAUUACAGCUUGUAACAGCCCUGGGAUUGCAUCGUAAAUCUCCCGUGAAGCUAUCUAAAAAUGGAUGCUCACAUUUUGAAUUGGAAGUGCGGAAGCGCAUUUUUUGGAGCGUUUACACUUUGGAUAAGUACCUCAGUAUCAUGUUUGGGCGGCCUCGGCUACUUCAUGACGAGGACAUUGAUCAAGAGUUUCCGGGCGAAAUGAAUGAUGAAGAUCUACUGGAAGAGGACCCGACACGGCGGACAGGAUCUACAGAUAGCAUGAUGAUCGCCUCUGUCCUGCAUUACCGCCUUGGUCGAAUAUUGGGUGAAACAUCACGACAGCUGUACAGCAUCAACCCUCUUUCACGGGACUCUCCUCUCGAGACUGCCGCUCGCCUCACAUCGGAACUGGAGAAAUGGAAAGAAAGCGUUCCCCCUCUGUUCAACAGCGUUCGGCCAUCCAGUCUAAUACCGCCCCUCUGUCGACAAAGCCAAGUUCUGCAAUUCGCCUACGCCCAUGCAAUGAUCCACGUUACCCGUUCAUUCCUCCUCAAUGACUUCACUGAUCUCAGCCGCCGACCAAGUGAUCCACAUCCGAUGGUCAACGCUCACGUACAAAAGUGCAUAUCAGCAGCUGAAGAUAUCAUGACUCUGGUUGACGACCUUGCGCACCAGAAUGUCUUUGUUCAGUCAUUCUGGUUCACCCACUACGUUACAUUCUGCGCUAUUCUGGUGGUAUACAUACACAUUAUUCAGCAACAUCGCCAGGCCACAGCACCGAGCCCAACGGCGGGGAGUCCCGCUGACACCGAGAAACUGCAUUCCUUAUUCCUACUCGCCGAAACUUGUCAGCAUUACCUUGCGGAAGCUACCCGCAAGAACUGUCCUAGUAGGCGGUACAGUAUUAUCCUAGGGGAACUCAGGAAAGAAGUUCAUCGCCAUAUCGGCUCGGAUGAUCAUGAUAAUAUUUCUCUGGCGCCGGCUGUAUGUGUUGAUAGAAAUAUCAUUGAACAAAGAGCAAUAGCUCCAAGCGGCGUCGACCAUACCGUCUCCUCUCAGCCCCCGAGCCUAGAUUUCCAGCCUAUUUCGGGCGACGUGCCCCCCACAGACUUAAGUGCACCUCUGAUUCCCGUGGAAGAUGCUGGACUUCUUGAAAACCUCGAAGGUUCGAUUUGGUGGGCACAGCUUGAUUCUUGGGCCUUGUCAAAUUUUCCAAAUGACCCUUCUGCGUUUAGUUUCUAGAAGCGCUCUGCGCUGUAUACCAGUCUAGCCAAUUUGAGUAGACUCCGCCAGAUACAGUAACCCAUGCAGGUUGGCUGGAUCGUCACCCUGGCAAUUUCUACAAGACGAGAAAAAAAAACAGAAUUGCUUUAGCUCGCGCCUCUAGUGUGGCUGAUUCUUGUCAUCAUGCCUUCCAAGGGUUUCAAGUCACAAGACUUCAAAAUAAAUCAAAGCUGUCGCACUUUCCCCGCCACUUACACCAGCGUAUUGAUUGAGGAUCAAACAAAGCUGCUCAAAUGGGGCUUCUUACUUAUCCGGACAAGAUGAGAUUACCAUUUUCCGGCUCAGAUUAUCCACCAAGUCGGAAUAUCAUCCGUUAAUGGGCAGUUUCGAGCUUGGAUAUGUAUCCGAAGACUCCACGUCUAUAGCACCAGAGUCGAAUAUAGAGUUCAAUCUCCGAAGACCAAGUGGAGACAGGACUAGGUUCUGGGUACUUUUGUUGGGUUUAUUUAAGCUUAUACAUGUACUAUUUCCCGGUUGGUUGGCUGAUAGGUCUGUUAUAGUUUGCUGGUAAUAGUUGUGAGAGGCAAGAUGAAUACGAUUCAAUGUCGGCUGGAUGUCCAGCGUGUCUUUUUUGAUGCGCAUAUCCUCCUCUGCACACUGCAGAUUCUUUCGGCUUCCUUCCAGGCUCCAUUACAUUGGUAAGGGAUAGCGGUUGAAAUGGUCUAAUGUUAAUCAAUCCUCGCGUUGCGUUCAGAACACAGAAUGGCGGGGAGCUUGGUAUGAGCUCUUGAACAGAACAGGGACUAUCAAUGAAUGCCACAGGAUUACAGGAAGGAUUGUUAGAUUUAAAUUACUCAAAGACGCAGAAUCACUGUAAUACCAUCGCUAGCGAAAGGAUCUAAGACCUGUGCCAGCUACGCAAACGCAAAUAUGUACUUGACACCGUGACCACUACUUAAACUCCGCAAUCUGAUCAUGGCAGUACUGGAUAAACAAUGCCGCAUUCCCUGUGCCCCCCUCUUCUUUCGAUUUCAUCGCUUGUAGUAAGUUCUCUCGCGGCUGGGGAUGAACUCGCCCCCAAGGCACGAUAUACUUCCCCCCGUCAGCAAUCGUAAGGUCCGGAGAGAACGCAGCCCAAAGUUCGCUAUAAGCACCCAUGAUAGGAUGAUACAGUAGCGGUGCCACGAGGUAAGGCACCCAUGAUGGGAAAUGGCGAGUCAGGUUCGAUUUCAGGUUUCCGGGGUUAACUGUCACACUCAAGAUACCGUCUGACCCGGCCUGGUUGGCCAGAUCAUUGGCUAGAAACCAAUUUCCGAUUUUGGUAUUUUCGUAGUUGCGGUUCAUCCCGGUGUUUUUUCCCAAAAGCUCCUCUAGGUUUACACCUUUCGCGGGUGUGGUAUCUACAACGAUUGAUGAUAGCCAGAUCACGCGGACAGAGGCGGGAGACUCGCUGUGGGCGGUCUGCUUAAGCGUUGGGAGGAGUAGCUGGGCGAGCAGGUGAUGGCCGAGGCAAUUUGUCGCCAGUUGGAGCUCGUGGCCCUGGGAAGAUACGGAGCCCCGCGGGGGGUUAGAGACACCGGCGUUGUUGAACAGCACAUCCAGUCGAGACUCCGCGCUGAUAAACUUCUCCACCGCGGGUUUGAUGGUGGUUAAAUUAUCAAGUUUGAGGGCGAGAAACACGAUUUCGCCUUCAGAAUUUGGGCUUGCAUUUUUGAUGUCGGCGAUCGCUUGUAGGGCCUUUUCUUCUGAACGGCCGGCAAGAUAUACUUUACCACCAGCCUGGUAGAGAAUCUUGCAUAGUUCGAAGCCCACACCUGAAUACCCACCUGUGACUAUAAACACUUUGCCUUUCUGGCUGGGUAGGUUGGUCUCUGUAAGCGUCGGCUUGGGUGGGAAAAAUUGAGACCAGGUGGUUCCCAUUGUCAGAGUGAGAAACCAGACAGAAUCAGACAGGUCUUCUCGAGGGAAACAAUAGGGAAUAAUAUCACCCGCCUUUGGGCCUCUGGCGAUGGGAGGGGUCAAAGAUUAUUUGUACUUCUUAGAUGACGGACCACGGACAUAAGGGGGGGCUUUCCCUUUCCGGAUUGGUGCUCACCCCCUCGCCGCUUUCGCUCUCUGAG